UUUCACCAACAGCCAGCUUUUCGGGUGCUUUGCAUAGCCUGAUUCAGAGCCUCAAGCUUUGAACUUUCGUUGUAGUGAGGGAAAACAUGUCCAUCCCAUUCUCAGGAGCUGAUCUUUCCCAAAACAUCAAAUCCAAUGUUGUGCGGAGGACUGCAAAUUUUCCCCCCAGCGUUUGGGGUGACCGUUUCAUCAACUACACCUCCGAUGACGAGGAAACCCAUGCUCGUAGAGUACGUGAAGUUGAAGAACUGAUCAAAGAAGUGAGAAGGGAACUGUUAGCCUCCACGUGUCAGCCUUCGCAACAGCUGAACCUAAUUGAUGCGCUUCAGCGCCUUGGCGUGGCGUAUCACUUAGAUAGAGAGAUCAAAGAAGCGCUAGAACAUAUGCAUGCUGGCUAUCAUGACAAUAAGGCUGAUAGUAGUGGAGAUGACGAUCAUGAUCUGUAUAAUGUUGCUCUUCGCUUUCGACUACUACGUCAACAAGGACUUCGUGUUUCAUGUGAUGUGUUUAAGCAGUUUAAAGAUGAAAAGGAUAACUUCAAGGAAAGUUUGAGCACCAACAUUCCGGGCAUCCUAGCCUUGUAUGAAGCUACGCAUCUUAGGGCGCACGGAGAAGACAUCCUUGAUGAGGCCCUUGCUUUCACCACCUCUCAACUCAAGUCCGCUGCAUCCCAUUUAAGCAAUCCAUUAGCAGCAAAAGUUAAUCAUGCCUUAAAGCAACCCCUGCACAAGGGCAUACCAAGGCUUGAGGCAAGGCACUUCAUCUCUGUCUACCAAGAUGACACUUCACAUAAAAAAGCUUUCCUGAAGCUUGCAAUACUAGAUUUCAAUUUGGUGCAGUCGUUGCACAAACAGGAACUUUCUGAAAUCACCAGAUGGUGGAAAGAUUUAGACUUUGCAACGAAACUACCUUUUGCAAGAGACAGGGUUGUGGAGUGUUUUUUAUGGAUUGUGGCAGUCUAUUUUGAGCCCCGGCACUCGCCUGAAAGAAAAAUAGUAACGAAAAUUAUUGCCAUGGCAUCCACCAUAGAUGAUAUUUAUGAUGCAUAUGGCACUCUUGAAGAACUCGAGAUCUUUACAGAAACGAUUGAGAGGUGGGAAAUUAGCACAAUAGAUCAACUUCCACAGUACAUGAAAAUAUGUUAUAGGGCACUCUUGGACAUUUUCGACGAAAUUGAGCAGGAGCUGGCAAAACAAGGAAGACCGUAUCUUGUAAUCUAUGCAAAAAAAGCUAUGAAAAUAUUGGUCCGGGCCUACUUCAACGAAGCCAAAUCUUUCAACAUGAAACAAAUCCCAACGAUGGAAGAGUAUAUGGAAGUCGCAAUACCAAGCUCGGGUUACCCAAUGCUCAUAGCCGUCUCAUUUGUUUUCAUGGGUGAAAUAGUUACCAAGGAGGCCUUUGAAUGGAUCUUCAGCAGCCCAAAGCUUAUAACAGCAUCAGCAAUAAUUGCUAGGCUGAUGGAUGACAGUGGGUCACAUAAGUUUGAGCAAGAGAGAGGGCAUGCUGCCUCGGCAGUUGAAUGCUACAUGAACCAAUAUGGGGUCUCUGAAACACAACUGGCAUAUGAAGAACUGAACAGGCAAGUUUCUAAUGCAUGGAAAGACAUCAAUGAGGAAUUUACCAGGCCUAAUGCCAUGCCAAUGCCUCUCCUUACAUGUGUUUUAAAUCUUUCACGAGCAAUAGAUGUCAUCUACAAGAACGGGGAUGGAUAUACCCAUGUGGGGAAAGAGAUGAGAGAUAACGUUGCAACAGUGCUCAUACAUCCGGUGCCAAUAAUAGUAUGAGUGUUGGUUUAUUGGUACUUCAUCUAUAAUAUCAUGUCAGUACUGGUACUGAUAUAUAGUAUUAUAUAAUAAGUUAGAUUUACUGUAUAAUAAAACAGUUUUACUGUACCAGUUGUUAGUUUGUAAGUUUGAAGGAAAAUAAAUGAUGUUCUCACAUGAGAUGUAUGUACCCUGGAUAGCCACUUUUUAAUAAAAGGAAAUAAAUAUUGAUAUACUA